UCACCCCCCCAUCCUCGUCGUUAUCUAAACCUUUCCUCAUCUUUGGGACUCACACUCUACUCAGUACUUACCAUUUCUAACCAUCCUUAAAAAAAACAAAUCAAACCAAAGGCAAUCCCAUAGAAUAUUACCCAUUUCCCUCGAUUCCAUGCCCUAAGCUUGCCCAAUAAUUUUCAACUCUAUUGUAUAAGCGCGAGGGGCGGCUCACGCGCACGCCAAAUUCCAAGCAUUUAGUAUAGAAAAAAGGGGAAGAAAGAGAGCAAGAGAUUGGAGAUGCUUGAGACUGUACGGUACCUGAUAGGAUCGGCAGGACCCAGUGGGUUUGGAUCGAAAUCCACGGCCGAGGACGUCACCGAAGCCACGCCGGACCUCGGAUCCAUCACCGCCAUUAUCACCGGGACAACGUCGGGAAUUGGGGCUGAGACGGCUCGUGUGCUAGCGAAGCGAGGAGCGAGGCUAGUGCUGCCGGCGAGGAGCUUGAAAGCAGCGGAGGAGACAAGGGCACGGAUCACCGCGGAGUUCCCCGGCGCAAAGAUCAUCGUGCUCCCUCUCGAUCUCAGCUCUCUCACCUCCGUCCGCUCCUUCGUCUCUCGAUUCCUCUCUCUCAAUCUCCCGCUGAAUCUCCUCAUAAAUAACGCGGGAAAAUUCUCUUACAAGCGCGCCAUUUCGGAGGACGGUAUCGAGGUGACGUUCGCCACCAACCAUCUCGGACAUUUUCUUCUAACCAAGCUACUGUUGAACAAGAUGAUGGAAACCGCGACGGAAACGGCGAUCCAGGGCCGGAUAGUGAACGUAUCCUCAAGCAUCCACUCGUGGUUCUCCGGUGACAUCAUCCACUCCCUCGAUCUAUUAACCCGUAAUAAAAUGCCAUACAGCGCCACACGAGCCUACGCUUUGUCCAAGCUAGCUAACGUUCUGCAUACCAAAGAGCUAGCAUUGCGGCUUAAGGAGAUGGGAGCUAACGUUACCGUCAACUGCUUGCACCCGGGGAUCGUACGCACACGGCUAACACGUGAUCGGGAGGGAUUCCUAACAGAUAUGGUGUUCUUUUUAGUGGCCAAGCUGCUCAAGACUAUCCCACAAGCGGCGGCUACGACGUGUUACGUGGCGGUGCACCCGCGGGUGGCCGGAGUAACGGGGAAGUACUUUGAAGAUUGUAAUGAGAUGGUGGCGUCGAAGGGGGGUUGUAGUGAGGUGGAGGCGGCGCGGCUAUGGCGGUUGUCGGAGGAGAUGAUCAGUUAUAAGGAGAGAAAGGAAGAUGGGGAGAAAUCAUGGUUUGGUCACUUAAUUAUAUAUUAGAAUGACGAAAUGAUAUAUAUAUAUAUAUAUAUAUAUAUAUAUAGUUUUAAUGCUGUUCUGUGUGGCUGCAGUGUGUGUGCGUAUUUGUGUGAGAAAGACGAAUCCAUUGUGCCAGAUUUAGACUGUCUAAGAUUAAU